GGUGUGGUUAGGAACUACCCGAUCAAUGGUUGAUUGCUUCCUAAAUCUGCCUUAGGCCUCCGAAAAGGCCGCAUCCUGUGUCUUUGAUUACGGCGACGGCUUCAUGGAAACGGGGGACGGUUAGUCGAUUAUGAUGUCUGCCAUAAGCCUUUCGAAAGGCUGCAUUCUGUGUAUUCGAUCACCACAACGGUUUCGUGGAAACAGAGGAUUGGUCGGUUCCGAAAUCUGCCUCGGGCCUCUUAAAUGGAUGCAGCCAUUCAAGAGGCCCAAGGCAGAUUUGCGAUUAUGACCUCUAGGAAAAGAAUGAUGGUUGAUUGGCUUCGGUAAUUUAAUCUGCACUGCUCUUCUAGUUCAGGAAUUACCCCGAGGCCCAGAAUCCACAGCAACUCGGAAAGCGCAAAAGUGGUUGACUAGUUCUAAAAUGUGGCGCACACCCUCAUUAUGGCGAGGCUGAGUUCUGAUGCAUCUCGAGCCUCCGACCUACCGAAUACAUGUAUCCAGCACUGUACUAUUCCCAUCCGUCGUCCAUUUCAUCAUAUUAUUAGCAACUUUAGCGUUGCCUCUCUUACAAGCAUCUAGUUUAGCAAUUCCUGCGAUCUUGAUCUUAUCUACGAACAUCUCGUCAUCUCCUUGAGUGAUCUUUCAAUCGCGGAUAUACCAUACCUAGGCCUGAUCGAAGUUGUGAUAGAACUUAAGCUUGCCCCAUUUACUUGGAUUAGCUAUAAAUAGGGUUGCAUAUUUGGCUGGUUUUGUAUGCAGUUUGCGAAGACUUUGCGCCCUAUCCUUCUUCAACAUUCUUAAGGAUGGACCCAUUCUCACUCUCUCUGGACAUCGCAGGCCUUGUGGGGCUUGUAGCAAAAGCAUUAGCAGUCACGAAAGAUUACCUCUCAAAAGUUAAACAUGCGAAGGAGUCAGUCAUUACCUUGAUCAUUGAACUGGAAGCACUGAAAUCGAAUCUAUCCAGCCUUGAUGCGCUACUUCGCAGUGAUUCGGUACGAGCACAUGGCCUGGCCUUCCAGCGAACUUCAGUACUUCGAUCGUGUGCGUUGGCUUGUGAUGGUAAUCUAAAGUCUUUAUGCAAGAAGCUGGACCAAGUGGGUGAUAGUAGGAUUGGCCGAUAUGUGUGGCCGCUCAGUGAAAAGGAGCAUCAGAAAACAAUGCAGGAGCUCCGAACUUUUACCCAAUGGAUGCAAUUUGCGCUCUCUGUUGAUGGCUGCUCGCUCCUUUCUCGGACCUCGGAUGACGUCCUUAAGAUUAUGGGGCAACAAUUAGAGAGCUUUAAAUCAUUAGCAAGUCUCGAAGCCCAGACGGUGCAGCUGCAGGAGGCUGUCGCGCACCAAACACGCUUACUAAAAGACGACCGGAAUGCAGAGACAAGACAUGAUAUCCUUAAUUGGUUAUCAAAGAUAGAGCAUGAUAAAAGGCACCAUUCUAUACGGUCAUAUAGAAUUCAGGGCACAGGUAGUUGGUUGUUAGAGCGAUCGGAGUAUGUGCAAUGGCGAGAUGAUGGCUCAAAUGUUCUUUGGUGUCAUGGAAUUCAAGGCUCCGGAAAAAGUGUUUUAAUAUCUAUUGUCAUCGACGAGCUUAAACGCUCAAUAUCUAGUCCUGAAUCUCCCAUCGUUUUCUUCUACUUUGACUAUUGGGACAAGGACAAUCAGACCCCGACCAGACUUCUAUCAAGCAUCUUAAAACAAAUUGUCGCCGCGAUCCCAGACACUCCCAAAUGUGUGAUCGAUGCAUAUAGCAAGACUCAAGGAGUUGGUGAAUUCUUACAAGUUCACGAGCUCGAAAACAUGAUUUCCGAAAUCACUUCGACCGUUCGCCGAGUUUACAUCAUUAUAGACGCACUUGAUGAGUGCGAUGAGUCAAGACACCGCAAAAUUGUCCUUCAGUCCCUCUGUCGCAUGACGCAGAUUCCAAAUAUCCGUCUACUUAUAACUAGUCGUCAAUAUACCUACGACAUAGAAGAGGCUUUUCAUACGCAUUCUCAGAUUGUAAUCCAUGCUCAUGAAUCUGACCUCAGACGUUACAUGCACCAUCAGCUUGAUUGUACCGAUAUUAGCGAUAUUGUCGAUGGCGAUUUUGUGUCUAAGGUGGUAGAGACACUCAUUAACAGGGCACAGGGAAUGUUCCUCCUCCCAAUCCUUCAACUUCGUUCUGUGUUAAAUGAACCUACAGUGGGUGAGAUGGAAGAUGCGCUUGUCAACUUAUCUCGCAGCCUUCCUGAAGCUUUUGAGGAAACAGUCGCGCGCAUUCAGCAACUCCCUGAAAGCUGGAGAAGGCUAGCGACAAAUACUCUGAUGUGGAUAUGUCACACUAAGCGCCCAUUAACGAUACCCGAACUGAUUGAAGUACUUUCUGUCAGACUAGGCCAAACAAACAUGAGCACAAAGCACUGUCCUUUACCAAGGAUGAUAGUAGAAUGCUGCCAGGGCCUCGUGACUCUCGACCUAGAGAGCAUGAGUAUUCGUUUCGCUCAUUACGCAAUUCAGGAGUACCUGAUGGUACGAAGCGAAGAGCUCUUCCCUUGUUUAGAGAGUAAUAUGGCCGCAAUAUGCCUAACCUAUUUACUUAGCCGUGCUUUUAACGAGGGACCAUGUUCGGAAGAACGUGAAAUCCGUUCUCGCAUUGACAAGAAUCCAUUCCUUUCGUACGCUUGCCGGUAUUGGGGCGUGCAUGUGCAAAGCUGUGAGGCAGAUCGAAAUGUUAAGCAGCUUGCUUUCGAUUUCUUUGCUUCUCAUAGUGCAGUAGCACGAGCAUACCAAAUCAUGGAGUUUGAAAAAGGACGCCUAGAGACGUAUUGGACCCCAGAGGAAAGCUUUAGCGUGACGGCGCUCCAUCAUGCCAGCUAUUUCGGACUUGAAAAUAUAAUUCGUAACCUUCUUGACCAGCGAACAUAUCACAUAGAUGCACAAACGAAAAUGGGUACUACACCACUCAUAAAAGCUGCAUGUGCGAGCCCGGCAGGCCACCCCUCAAUUGUUAAGAUGCUACUACAACGAGGUGCUAAUCCAUACUUGGGUAAUUGGUAUGGCAAUACUCUACUCUGCGCUGCCGAAGCUGGAUGCUCUACCACAAUUCGUCAGCUUGUCGACUAUGGCAUGAAUCCGAAUGAGAGGGGGCAUCAUGGCCGUCCUCCAAUACAUUGCACCUUAGACAACGAUUGCUUCGGAGCCUUUGAGACACUAAUAGAGCUGGGAGCUGACAUUAACUUUAAAGGUGUAUCAGUCUUCCACGAGGCAAUUAUUAAUGGCUGCGUCAACAUUGUCGACUUAGUUCUCCAGCGACACUGGGCUGAGCUAGAACAUAGAACCACGGAAAAGGGUCUUACCGCAAUGCACUUCGCUGCGAUGGGGAAGAAUAUGGCGAUUAUAUCAAGACUUCUCGAGGCUGGAGCAGAUAUUAAUGCACAAGAUAACGAAGGUUGCACUGCUCUUGACUACGUGGAUAAUGGUCUCAACAAAGAUAUAGUCAGCCUUUUACUAGACCAUGGUGCAGAGUGAGAAUGAAAUUUGAAGGCUCCUCAGUCAAGGGCCUGUGAGUUUAACUACAAGAACACUCUCGCUACCUCAAAUACGCUACGUUCAGCAAAGGUCAUAGGUGCAGUUCUAAUGUCAUGGUAUGUAUUACGGACGUUACAGUAGAGGGGGUUGAGAGAGAUGUAGAUGCGAUGACAGAUAUCCUAUUUAGGGUUGCAAAGGCUAGGAAAUUAUUCAUAAGUGAUAAUACAAACAUAACGGUUAAUCCUUAUGACAAAGAGGUGUGUGCUAAACGAGCCUAGAGUCGGGAGGUUUUGAGUUCUAUGCCAUCAUCUCGAAAUCACAGUCUCGUAAGAAACUGAACUUCCAAACGAACCACCGGCACAGCAGCAACCCAUUCUAGUCUUUCCGGCAAUGUUGCCUCCCUCGACAGCAUAGAUGUGCCUGAAUCCGGCAACGUGAGCCGGAAAGACUUCAGGAUCUGUGAUAACGAGAGAUACAGUUCGAGAUAUGCGAAACUGGUACAUGAUAUUAGAAUUCCUGCACAGCUACACGUGAUGGAGUGGAAGGGGUGCCUUACUGCGCGCCAAUACAAACGAACGAGCCCUUCGAGAACGGGAUGUAGUACUCGUCGCGCAGCGGAUUAAUCGAUUCGGCGUCGCCAUCCAGCCAUCGUGUAGGACGGUAGAUUUCGGGGGAGGGAAAGGCGGCUUUAUCGCGGAGAUACCAGAUUGGUGAACUGCUAAUUACGGUCUGGGAUGGGAGA